UUGUAUGUUAAACCACGAAUCUGGUCAUCUCACCCUGAUUUUGAUUAUUCCCAUUUGCGAUUCGCUAGUUCGUACGGUCAGAUUCGGUUUAGAAAUUCCGUUCUUUUGUGGAGGUUGUAACAGGUUAAAAAAGUUCGACUGUUGAGUUUCUCCUGUCUCUGUCUCAGUUGGCCUUCCUUCUCUUCUGACUCGAGAGAAUUCCUUUCAUUCUCUUCGUUUAUCGUUUUCUCGCGGUAGAUCUCUGUCUCCGUUUUUUUUUUUCUGCCCCCUCGUUUUGUCUUUCCUUCACAGGCGAGAGAUCGGAUCGGUCAUUCUGCGCCGUCCGAUGCGUGGACUUUGACUCGCCCUCUCGCGAUCCGAGGCAUCGCCGCGAUGGGACAGUGCUACGGCAAGACCAAUCCGACGGCCGACAACGAGCCGUAUGUUCCGACGACGACCAUCACGACGUCGGCGGCGACGGAAGGGGGAGGAGGAGGAGGUGAAGUCAUAAUCACUAAUCGGCCUCAGACGCCGGCGCGGCGGUCCGGCGGGAACGGCGUGGUGAAGACCACGCCGGCGCGGUCGUCGAACCCUAGCCCAUGGCCGAGCCCAUACCCGCACGGGACGAGCCCGCUUCCGGCGGGGGUUUCGCCGUCGCCGGCGAGGGCGUCGACGCCGGGGAGGUUCUUCAAGAAGAGGUUCGCCCCGCCGUCUCCGGCGAAGCACAUAAAGGCGUCUCUGGCGAAGCGGCUAGGGCACGGGAGGCCGAAGGAUGGUCCGAUCCCCGAGGAACGAGGGGUCGAGCCGGAGCAGGCGUUGGACAAGACGUUCGGGUACAGCAAGAACCUUGGGGCCAAGUACGAGCUCGGCGCCGAGGUCGGCCGAGGGCAUUUCGGUCACACUUGCUUCGCCAAGGGCAAGAAAGGUGACCUCAAGGAUCACCCUGUUGCCGUCAAGAUCAUCUCCAAAGCCAAGAUGACAACGGCAAUAGCAAUUGAAGAUGUGAGAAGAGAAGUGAAGAUAUUGAAAUCUCUAUCUGGGCAUAAUAAUCUCGUAAAGUUUUAUGACGCAUAUGAAGACAGCAAUAAUGUGUAUAUAGUCAUGGAAUUGUGUGAAGGUGGAGAACUUCUUGACAGAAUUUUAUCGAGAGGAGGAAGGUAUUCAGAGGAAGAUGCUAAAGUUAUAGUUGUUCAGAUUUUAAGUGUAGUUGCAUUUUGUCAUCUUCAAGGCGUUGUGCACCGUGACUUGAAGCCAGAGAAUUUCCUUUUCGCUUCGAAGAGUGAAGAUUCUGAUAUGAAGCUUAUUGAUUUUGGUCUAUCUGACUUUAUAAGACCAGAUGCAAGACUUAGCGACAUUGUUGGAAGUGCAUACUAUGUCGCACCGGAAGUCCUACACAGAUCAUAUAGUCUUGAAGGAGAUAUAUGGAGUAUUGGUGUUAUCACCUAUAUCCUCCUAUGUGGAAGCCGUCCAUUCUGGGCCAGGACUGAAUCGGGAAUUUUUCGAGCAGUGCUUAGAGCAGAUCCUAAUUUCGAUGAUUUACCCUGGCCUUCUGUGUCUCAAGAGGCCAAAGAUUUCGUAAAGAGGCUCCUGAACAAGGAUUACAGAAAACGAAUGACUGCCGUCCAAGCUCUAACUCACCCUUGGUUAAGAAACGAUAAUCGUCCUGUCCCGUUGGAUAUAUUGAUCUACAAGCUAGUCAAGACGUAUCUUCAUGCUACACCAUUCAAACGUGCAGCCCUCAAGGCUCUUUCAAAAGCGUUGACAGAGGAUGAGCUGAUAUAUCUUAGAGCGCAAUUCACGCUAUUGGAACCUGAUGCAGAUGGGCGCAUCUCUCUUCAUAAUUUCACUAUGGCUCUCGAGCAAAAUGCAACUGAGGCCAUGAGAGAGUCAAGGGUUCUUGACGUUUUAAAUGCGAUGGAACCACUGGCCUAUAGAAAGAUGGACUUUGAAGAGUUUUGUGCAGCUGCAAUUAGUACACAUCAGUUGGAAGCCGUUGAAAGGUGGGAGCAGAUAGCCUCCACCGCCUUUCAUCAUUUUGAACUGGAGGGUAACAGAGUUAUAUCCGUUGAAGAACUGGCUAGGGAAUUAAAUCUUGGCCCUUCAACUUAUUCAAUCCUCAGAGACUGGAUCAGAAACUCAGACGGAAAGCUUAGUUUGCUUGGAUAUACUAAAUAUUUGCAUGGUGUGACUCAUCGUAGCUCAAACACAAGACAUCAUUAGCAUUAUUGUUUAUUUAGUUUUUGGCCUAUAAUUUCUUUAAAUUGUUGGUUUCUGAGGCGGGAUAUAUAUUUUUUUUCUUUUGGGAUUGGAGGAAAAAAAAACAAAAAAAGAGGAUUGGGGAGAGGGCGUACAAAUGAAUGUUUAUUCAGGGGAGAGAGUGGGAUUUUGACAACAUGUUAGGUCUAAAAAUGUCUGUUUGCUCAGUACCCUGUUUUUGCAGAUGCAAACUUGCAAUGGGUUUGAGCUCAAAUAGUGACAAAUGAUUAAUUUGUGAAAGCCAUAAAGAUAGGAGGCUUGUAGCUUCGUAUAUUCUUUUGCUGUUAAAUGAAAAUGUCUGAUGGAGAUUUCAAGUUGCAAAGAACUUCUAUCAAACCACUUCUCCCUUAAAAGACGAACAAAAACGACAUUAAAAAAAAA